AUGGUCCAACUGCCUGUCGCACUCACAUCUGCCUCACGGGCAGUAUUAGACAAAUCCACGUCGGAACCAGCCCCAAGCAUUCCUGGGCUUGUCUACUGCGUAGUAGAUCGACAAGGUGAAGUUCUCCUCAGCCAUGCGUCGGGCAAGAGGGGCCUAGACAGUCCUGAGCCGAUGACACUCGAUACCACGUUCUGGAUUGCGUCUUGCACCAAGAUGAUUACUAGUAUAGCCUGUAUGCAAAUGGUAGAACAGGGAAAGCUUGCUCUGGACGAUGUUGAUCAGGUUGAGUCUCUGGCUCCCGAAUUGAAAGCUGUCCAGGUUCUUGAACGGACCUCGGACGGAGGAUUCCGUCUGGUGCCGAAGGAUCGAGGUAUAACACUUCGAAUGCUCAUGACGCAUACCGGUAACGUGCCAUCUUCAGCUGGUUUUGGUUAUGCCUUCGAGGACCUGAAACUUCGGGACUGGUCUCGCCCAGUUGGGCUCGAUGACUUCUCCGGCCAUGCAUCAGACGUUCUGGAUCGGCCGUUGGUUAACCAGCCCGGCACGAAAUUUCAGUACGGGGUGGGCAUGGACUGGGCCGGCGUGCUUGUGGAGCGUGUUAGCCAGAUGUCGCUUGAAAAGUAUUUUCAGAAGUAUAUUUUGCGGCCCAUCGGAAUUGACAACAUUACAUUCUUCCCGACUUCAGAGAUGAUCAAUUCUCUAGCAUACUUGCACCAGCGGUCUCAGGAUGGAAGCCUGAGUGUCACUGAUCACCUGCUUCGAUACCCGCUUCUGCCGUGUAAGGCUAACGCAGAAAAGGAUCGCUUCUGCAUGGGGGGCGCUGGGUGCUUUGGGAAGCCCAUCGAAUUCUGCCAGCUUAUAGCGACACUUCUCAAUGAUGGCACCCAUCCACGGACUGGAGUGCAGCUUCUAAAGCCAGACACAGUACGAGGAAUGUUUACCGAUCAAAUUCCUGACAAGCCACGAUAUUGCAACGAGUAUACGCCGUCCGGAAAACCACUCCUAGCCAACCCCUGUCCCUUGGUACCGUGCGACGAGAACCUGACUGAAGGAUGGGGAUUGUCCUUUUCAAUUAGCCAUGAAAGAAGUCCAACGGGCCGGGCUGCUGGAUCGGGAUCAUGGGAGGGGCUGGUAAACCUGUUCUGGUUCGCGGACCGGGAGAACGGGAUUGGAGCUAUUAUUGCGUCUCAAAUAUCGCCAUAUGGAGAUCUUCGAGUGUUGGAAUGCAUGGAGACUGUGGAGAAAAUGGUUUAUGAUGCAGUGGCCUGUACGCAUGAGUAA